AUGUCUCCGAACAAUCGGCAGACGGCCCAGAUGCAUGGCUUGGUUGGAAAGCCAUUACUAUAUUUUACCAGUGUUUUCGUGUCAUUAGGAGUUUUUCUAUUUGGUUAUGAUCAGGGGGUUAUGUCUGGCAUCAUAACGGGUUGGCAUUUCAAAGAUUAUUUUGACCAGCCAUCACGAGCUGCAAUCGGAACUGUGGUUGCGAUCCUCGAAGUUGGGGCUUUUAUCUCCUCACUUCUUAUUGGGCGUAUUGGGGACCUGAUAGGUCGCCGCAAGACCAUCCUUUAUGGCUCUAUAGUCUUCUUUAUAGGAGGUGCAUUACAAACAUUUGCGACAGGGCUGUCCAUGAUGAUGCUUGGCCGCAUUAUUGCCGGUCUUGGUGUUGGGGCGCUGUCAACAAUAGUCCCUGUCUAUCAAUCUGAAAUCUCGCCUCCCCAUAAUCGAGGGAAACUAGCAUGCAUUGAAUUCACGGGGAAUAUAUCUGGAUAUGCCGCUAGCGUUUGGGUCGAUUAUUUCUGUAGCUUUAUUGACAAUAAUUACUCCUGGCGCUUGCCAUUGCUUUGUCAAUGCAUCAUGGGCGCACUCCUUGGUCUAGGGAGUCUUUUAAUAUGCGAAUCACCAAGGUGGCUACUGGACAAUGACUAUGAUGAGGAAGGCAUGGUGGUUAUUGCGAAUCUCUAUGGAAAGGGGGACUUGCACAACGACAAAGCUAGACAAGAAUACAGGGAGAUCAAAAUGAACGUCCUCCUCCAACGGCAAGAGGGUGAAAGGUCCUACACUGAUAUGUUUAUGAGAUACCGCAAGCGAGUCCUCAUAGCGAUGUCGGCCCAGGCUUUGGCCCAAUUAAACGGUAUCAAUGUUAUUUCAUAUUAUGCUCCACUUGUAUUUGAAUCAGCAGGAUGGGCAGGCCGUGACGCUAUUUUGAUGACUGGUGUCAAUGCAAUUUCGUAUCUUGCAUCUACAGUUCCGCCGUGGUAUCUUGUGGACCGCUGGGGAAGACGACCAAUUCUGCUCUCUGGGGCUGUUGCUAUGAUUGUUUCUCUCUCGUUGAUAUCGUAUUUUAUAUACAUCGAUGUUGACGCAACACCUACUCUCACAGUCAUCUUUGUCAUGGUAUACAACGCUGCUUUUGGUGCAUCUUGGGGACCGAUACCAUGGCUAUAUCCUCCCGAAAUUCUACCUCUGAGCAUUCGUGCGAAGGGUGCCAGUCUCAGCACAGCCACCAAUUGGGCUUUUAAUUGGCUGGUUGGAGAGGUUACACCUGUCCUGCAGGCUGCUAUAAAGUGGCGCCUGUAUCUUGUCCAUGCCUUUUUCUGUGCAUGUAGUUUUGUCCUUGUCUACUUUUUGUAUCCUGAAACCAGCGGUGUUCGUCUAGAGGACAUGAAUAUACUUUUUGGAGACGCAACAACUGCAAUGCCUACGCCAGCUACACAAGGAGAACGUGGGUCUCUCAUGGGUGCUGGGUCACCAAUUCCAUCACUAGACAUUCGACGGCAAUAUGGUCAAAUCGCAGCGGAAAGUGCAAUUCCUGGGCUGGAUAUCGACCCUCCCCACUUGAAUGCGGAUGACUACAACAAGUCGAUCGGCUCUGGCCCUCAAGAUGGCGAUAUUAACCGAUCAGAGGGGUUUGCUGGUUGGAUUUCAAACAUAGUAUCUCGCCGCAAGGGAUCUGGACACCAAGUACAAAGCCGUCAGUAUCGACGCCUCGGACAAGAAGAGAAUGAGUAA